AUGAAAUAAUGCUCACAUUCUGAUUUCGUAGUGAACUCUUUCAGCUUCUUCACCCACUUCCAUUUCAAAUCCCUUUUCUACAUUAUAUAUAAAUACUGCAUUUAUCUUUGCUCCCAUUCACCUUUCAUUCACAGCUUUUCUGGGAUGCAUUUCGGUAGAAGUGAGAGAGCUCCUCUGUUAGACCGAGGAGGGAGAAGAAAGGCGAAUGGAAACACAGAUGAUAAUUUGACAGACCUUGAGCAUGGGGAUGCAAUACCGGCUGCAAAUGUGAGUUUCACUAGAGUACUCUCACUUGCAAAGCCUGAUGCAGGGAAACUUAUAGUAGCAACGAUUGCUCUCUUGAUUGCAUCCACUUCAAGCAUACUGAUUCCAAAGUUCGGAGGGAGGAUAAUCGAUAUUGUAUCGGGAGAUAUUGGAAUGCCGGAACAAAAAGUUGAAGCAUUAGCUGCAAUUAGAAACACCAUACUAGACAUUUUUCUGAUUGUUAUAGUCGGUUCAGUUUGCACCGCACUCCGAGCGUGGUUAUUUUCUUCAGCUAGUGAAAGGGUCGUCGCUCGACUGAGAAAGAACUUGUUUAGUCAUCUUAUUAACCAGGAGAUAGCCUUCUUCGAUAUUACUCGAACAGGUGAACUUUUGAGCAGGCUAUCGGAAGAUACGCAGAUCAUUAAGAAUGCUGCAACUACCAAUCUCUCCGAGGCCCUAAGAAACUUGUCGACUACAUUCAUUGGCCUCGGUUUCAUGUUUGCAACAUCUUGGAAACUAACAUUGCUGGCUUUGGUUGUUGUUCCUGCAAUUUCUAUUGCUGUUCGUCAAUUCGGUCGCUUUCUUCGCGAACUCUCUCACAAGACUCAAGUGGCAGCUGCAGCAGCUGCUUCGGUUGCUGAGGAAUCAUUUGGAGCAAUUCGAACGGUGAGAUCUUUUGCACAGGAAGAGUAUGAGAUAUCUCGUUACUCUCAGAAAGUGGACGAGACACUGAAUCUUGGACUUAAACAAGCAAAAGUGGUCGGACUCUUCUUCGGAGGUCUAAAUGCUGCAUCAACGUUAUCAGUUAUCGUGGUAGUUAUAUAUGGAGCUAAUUUGACAAUCACAGGCUUGAUGACCCCUGGUGCUCUGACGUCCUUCAUUCUUUAUAGUCUCACGGUUGGAUCCUCUGUGUCCGGACUCUCAGGGUUAUACACUGUUGCAAUGAAAGCUGCAGGAGCAAGCAGGCGUGUUUUCCAGCUUCUGGAUCGAGUCUCAUCGAUGCCAAAAUCAGGAAAUAAGUGUCCAUUGGGUGAUCAAGAUGAAGUACAGUUGGACGAUGUCUGGUUUGCCUAUCCUUCCCGUCCGAACCAUAUGGUACUCAAGGGAAUAACACUUAAACUGCAACCAGGAUCAAAAGUUGCUCUUGUUGGCCCUAGUGGUGGAGGAAAAAGCACGAUCGCAAACUUGAUCGAAAGAUUUUAUGAUCCAAUUAAGGGAAAAAUUCUAUUGAAUGGGGUUCCUUUGCUAGAAAUAUCACAUGAACAUCUUCAUAGAAAGAUCAGCAUAGUAAGCCAGGAACCUGUCCUUUUCAACUGCUCAAUAGAGAAAAACAUAGCUUACGGAUGCGAAGGCCGAGUCAAUAUUACCGAUAUUGAAAACGCAGCAAAAAUGGCCAAUGCACAUGAAUUCAUAUCGAAGUUCCCAGACAAGUAUCAAACUCAUGUCGGAGAGCGCGGAGUACGACUUUCUGGUGGACAGAAGCAGAGGGUAGCGAUAGCGAGAGCAUUACUGAUGGAUCCAAAGAUUCUCCUACUUGAUGAAGCCACAAGUGCUCUAGAUGCUGAAAGCGAAUACCUCGUGCAGGAUGCCAUGGAUUCUCUGAUGAAGGGAAGAACAGUUUUAGUGAUAGCUCAUCGGCUAUCAACGGUCCAAAGUGCAGAUACUGUGGCAGUUGUUUCUGAUGGCCAAAUUGUUGAAAGUGGCAACCAUGAAGAGCUUCUUAGCAAAGACGGUGUUUACACUGCAUUAGUCCGAAGACAAUUACAGGCAACUAAAACAAACUUGUAGAUUGAAUUAUAUGUAUGCAAAAAAUUGGCGCAUGUUAUUCCGAUUUAGUCGCAAGUACAAUUUAUGGAUAUGUGUCAGAUAUGUUCAUUUUCAA